GGAUGGAUUCCUGGUGCUGGAAGGAUUCUUGUCUGCAGAGGAGUGUGCGGCCAUGCAGCAGAGCAUUGGCCAGAUAGUGGCCAAGAUGGAUGUCCCUCUCCACUGCCGCACAGUAUUUACCACGAAGGAAGAGGAGCAGAAGCGAGCCCAGAGUCUUAAUUUACAAGCCUGUCUGCAGCGGGCCUCCAAGCCAAAGCUGCGGUCCAGGCCCAUUGAUGGGGCUCACUCACGCUGAGGAGCUCCUGCCAUCUCGUGGCCAUAAGGGGAAUUACAAUGGCCAGAAGCCUCGCCACCCAGAGAACAGGGACUUGAGAAGGAAAAAGGGUGACAGAAUGACAACUUCCUCCAAACCAUCAGUUUCAUUUGGCUGCAUGGCAGCCUUCCAGGGCAACACAGACUAUUUCUUGAGCAGCGGCGACAAGAUUCGAUUCUUCUUUGAGAAAGGCGUUUUUGACGAGGAAGGAAACUUCCUGGUUCCCCCGGAGAAAUCCAUCAACAAAAUUGGCCACGCUCUGCACGCCCACGACCCUGUCUUCAAGUCUGUCACCCACUCCACCAAGAUGCAGGCCCUGGCCAGAAGUCUGGGCCUCCAGACGCCUGUGGUGGUGCAGAGCAUGUACAUCUUUAAGCAACCUCAUAUUGGCGGUGAAGUCUUGCCCCAUCAGGACGCCACCUUCCUGUACACGGAGCCCCUGGGCCGGCUGCUGGGUGUGUGGAUCGCGCUGGAGGACGCCACGCUGGAGAACGGCUGCCUCUGGUUCAUCCCUGGCUCCCAUACCAGUGGAGUGUCGAGAAGGAUGGUCCGGAACCCUGCGGGCUCAACGCCUGGGACCUGCUUCCAGGGGUCAGAGCCAGCCCGGGACAACAGCCUCUUUGUGCCCACGCCAGUGCGGAGAGGGGCCCUCGUCCUAAUCCACGGAGAAGUGGUGCACAAGAGCGAGCAGAACUUCUCUGACAGUUCGCGCCACGUCUACACUUUCCACCUCAUGGAGGCCUCUGGCACCGUCUGGAGCCCGGAGAACUGGCUCCAGCCAACAGCUGAGCUGCCCUUUCCCCUCCUGUACACCUAAAGGCCCUCAGGGCUGGGACACUGCCCCUCCCGGGGAGGCUGUGGGCUGCAAACACCAGCAUCUUGCCCGACCGCCAGGCUGCAACCAGGAAGCCGCAUCUCUCCUCCUGGGCUCUCCUGCCAGUGUCUGCGGCCGACAGCCCUGCAGAUGGGGCACGAGGUGGCCGCCGGGCAGCAGGAGCCCGGGCCGAGUGGCUUUCCCAAGACCUCUGUCUCUCUGCCUCCCUACGGCCCCAAGAGGCUCCCCCUAGAGGCAGCCUCUCAGCCUUGAAAGGGUUCUGGCUAAUUUUCUGCCGGCUUCUUACUCUUCUCUCCCCCCAGAUGAAACUCGGAUUAUUACAGUGCAAGAUAUUGAAUAAAAAUGACUUCCAAAUGCA